UCCCUUGCGCGCGCCCGUUCGCUUAUCCAACGUCGGAGGAGAGAGAGUGGGCGGGGCUUUCCCCAACUGUUGCCCCGCCCACUCCCCGCGCGUUCUCGUUCGCUUAUUCAACAUCUGAGGGAAGAAGUUGCCACUGACAGAACUGCGCAUGCGCAUUGGGGUCAAGAGCUCCGGCGGCGGCUGAAGACAAGAAAAAGAAUAAACAGAGAGAGAAAGAGACGGUUGUGGAGGCCACGCCCCCUUCCUCCUCCUCUUCCUCAGUCGUUUCUCGAGACUGAGGAGAAGGGGAGCAUGGCGUCUCCGUCGGCGGCGGCUGCCCCGGAGCCUGGCUGUAACAGUAACAAUAACCACCUCCAGUCUGAGCAGGAGCGUCUCCUUCGGCGCGGGGAGCUCUUGGCGCUGGGCAACCACCUGAAAGAAGCGCUGGAGGCGUACUCGGCGGCGCUGCGCCUCGGACCUCCUCCCAGCUCCCGCCGCCGCCUCCUCAGCACUCUGGCGGACUGCCUCGUCCUCCACUACCGGCUCCGGCAGCAGAAGGAGGGCGAAGAGGAACCCUCGCCGCCAGCCCUGGAGGAAGACGAGGAGGGGCCGCUCUUCCGCUGCCCGGGCUGCCGGGGCUUCCUGGGCGAGCCGGUGACGGGGCCGUGCGGGCAUAGCUACUGCCGGCGCUGCCUCCGAGAGGAGCUCCGAGCCCGGUGCCGCCGCUGCGGGGAGGCUUUGGGCGCCCCUUCCUCCUCCUCGGCCUCGGUCACCGUGGUCCUGGGCCACCUGGCGGAGAAGUGGUUCCCUGCGGAGUGCGAGAGGGCGCGGAGGUGGAGGCGCCUCGGGGAGCUGCUCGGGCAAGGGCAGCCCCGGCAGGCCCUGGAAGCCGCACGGAGGGCCCUCCGCGAGGAUCCUAAUGACUUGAUGUUACAAGUUUAUAGAGCUGAAUCCUAUGCUGGUCUCCAAGAUCUUAAAUCUGCCGUAGAUGACCUGAAUGCUGUUACUGCUAAAAUGCCAAAUUGGGCAGAGGCCUAUUACAGAAGAGCAAAAAUACUCCAUAAUGCUGGGUCUGUAGAUGAUGCCUUACAGCUGUUUCUUCACUGCUUAGCACUUGAUGAAGGAUUUCUUCCAGCAAAGCUAGAAGUGGAGAAGAUGCUGUUUGACUUAUUGUCACCAGAAAAUGUGCAAAAGAGUCUGAAGGAAUCUACUUUGAAUUCUUCACAUGUUCGAAAUAAACAGUUCAUACAGGAUUCUGAAUCUGAAACUGAAGAGUCUUAUGAUAAUUUACAGCAGACUUCAGUGACAGAUUUAGAAGUGCCAGAGGUAACAUCAGAAACUGUUGGAGGAAGUUUGCACCGUGCACAGUCUACCCAUUCUCUUAACUCCACUAGAAAAAUGGCCAAAGAAGAUGGAUUAAAAAGGGUUUCUUCUGAACCUCUGCUUUCAAGCCAAGAGAAAGGUGCUUUAUUAAAAAGGAAGUUGUCUCUCUCAGAACAAGAUUUCACUGUUUGUGAAGAUGGCAGGAAUAAGCAUAAAAAACAAGGGGAAAGUACUAAAAGGGAUGCUGCCUUUUCAUUCAGCUAUGAAGCAAUUCCAGAGGACUUGGUUGAUGUGUCAGACUUUGAGUGUUCACUGUGUAUGAGGCUCUUCUUUCAUCCUGUGACAACACCAUGUGGCCAUACUUUCUGUAGGAAUUGUUUAGAACGUUGCUUAGACUAUGCUCCUCAGUGCCCUCUCUGUAAAGAAAGCUUAAAAGAGUAUCUGGCAAGUAGGAAAUAUAGCAUUACACAUUUGGUGCAAGAACUAAUAGUAAAGUAUAUGCCUGCUGAAUUAUCUGAGAGAAAAAGAAUUAAUGAUGAAGAAAUAUCUGAACAUGCAAGUUUGACCAAGAAUGUUCCAGUCUUUGUUUGCACUAUGGCCUACCCAACUGUGCCUUGUCCCCUUCAUGUGUUUGAACCAAGGUAUCGUCUGAUGAUUCGAAGAAGUAUUGAAACAGGGACAAAACAAUUUGGGAUGUGCGUUAGUGACCCCCAAAAUGGCUUUGCAGAUUAUGGCUGCAUGCUGUACAUUAGAAAUCUUGACUAUCUGCCAGAUGGACGAUCUGUUGUAGAUACAGUUGGAGUAAAAAGAUUCAAAGUACUUCGAAGAGGGAUGAAAGAUGGCUACUGCACUGCAGACAUCGAGUAUUUAGAAGAUGUAAAGGUUGAAGAUGAAGGUGAGAUGAAGAAACUUGGAGAGCUUCAUGAUAUUGUAUACAACCAGGCUUGCAGCUGGUUCCAAAGUUUAAGAAACAAAUUCCGUAGUCAAAUACUUCAGCACUUUGGUCCAAUGCCUGAGAGGGAAGUAAACAUCCAGGAGAUGGCUAAUGGACCUGCUUGGUGUUGGUGGCUUCUGGCUGUACUUCCUGUAGAUCCUAGAUAUCAGCUUACAGUUCUCUCUAUGAAAUCUUUGAAAGAACGUCUGGUAAAAAUUCAAGACAUACUGACAUACUUCUCUAGAGAUCAGUCCAAAUGACUAACUGCCUGGACAUUACUGAAACAUUACCCUUUUCUAUCUGUAACUGCAGUCGGGUUUUUUGCAGCAUUUGCACUUUCAGCGCUGGUUUGAGAACUUAUCAAAACUGCUUUUCCUAUUUUCCUGUAUGAAUACUUCAUCACAUGGAUACCUUCAGUGUGAAGGAUACCACUAAAAUUUGCACACAGAAAAAUCAAUCCAGCAACAAUGUGGAAAUUUCUACUUUAUUUGCACUAUAUACAAGUGAGAAUGUAUCAUCCUAAGAUUUCAGUAUUUCCACUUUACAGCUUAAAAAUAGUGGAAAAUAUAGAAUCUAAAUGCUCAGUCCAAGUUUACAAUAUUAAGGAUGCAUUCAAAAUCUUGCUAAUCAGAACUUGCCUCAGAUGCAACCCUGUUGCUAUUUGCACAAGUAUUUAAAAUGUAGUAUUGGAUGUUGCUGUAGCAAACUUCUGUUUUGUGAGUGUCUUACUCUAAAUAAUGGCACAAGAUAUUUUCUUGCAUACUUCAUGAUAAAAAUGAUUGUAUGAAUUUAGAGCCAUGUUAAAGAACAACAAAGAUCUUUCAUUCAAAAAGCUAUUAAAACUGUGAACAUGUUGCCUAUAGCUGUGCAUUGAGAAACUGGUGUUGGACACAUGACAACAGCAUGUUGAUCGGAGUACAUAAAAGAAUUUCUCCAGUACACAAUAAAAUAACAAAGAUGGCUUAUAAUGUACUAAGCGUUGAAUACACCAGUGAUUCCUAAACUUUUGUGCAUACUGCCUAGACUCAAAUUUGCAAAUAUAUUUGCAUACUGUUUCUCAUAGCUCUAUGAAUCAGCUGUGGCUUACCAUACCCUUGCAGAACUCUAAUGUGAGAGUUUGGGAACUACUGAAACUCUAGUACAAAAGUCCUACCAGUUAUUGAAAAGGUCUGAAAGCAUUUGGUGCAAAUAGGACUUCCAUGCCUUAUUCAUAUCAAUAUUAUACUGCAAUGCAAAGGUUAGCACUCUGCUUGCCAAUAGGUACUUUUGUAGUUUUCAGUUUGUGUCCGUCUUGUAUGUGAAUCAUUUUGUAAAAUAUUUCUUUAAAAAUCUUGCUUUUGCUAAUAUUUAAUUUUCAAUAAACCUAAAGCUUAUAUAUUUUUAAA